AUGUCAAAUACACGUCUCACCAGUAGAGACAUCGGAUAUGUCCCAGGACAACUCCAACAAGGACCCAAGAACUCCAUUCUCGAUGUUCCCGGAGUUCAUGUCGGUCAACACACGAUAGGAGAGGAUGGCGAAGAUGUCCGUAAAGGUGUCACUGUCAUUUUUCCCCGCCAUCCUGAUGAGAUUACCAUCCCCUGCUAUGCGGGACUGCACACGCUUAACGGAAAUGGAGAAUUGACUGGUAGCUAUCAGAUUAAAGAUUGGGGUUAUUCAAAUACUCCCAUCGCCAUAACCAAUUCCCUAUCUCUAGGAACCGUCUAUCAAGCCCUCUGGAACCGCGUGCUCGAUGUCGCUUCUACAAAAGCCACUCCCAUUAAAGAAGUAUCCCACAACUACGGCACACCCAUCGUAGGCGAAACCGCCGAUCUCAUCCUCAACGACGUAUAUCGGUCACCCCUCACCCUAGAUGAAGUCAAGCCUGCGUUUGAAAAUGCACUCACGCAGCAAGAAGUGCAGGAAGGUCAACAUGGAGGUGGUGCCGGUAUGACGUGUCAUAUGUUUCCUGGCGGUACGGGAACUAGUUCGAGGGUUUUCGGAGACGUGCCUUGGGAGACUAACUUAAAGACUAAGGAGGGAGAAAAGAAUUGGACGGUGGGGGUUUUGGUUCAGAGUAAUUAUGGACAUUUGAGAGAUUUCAUGGUUGGAGGCGUGCCGAUUGGAAGGUUGUUAUUGAAGGAGAGUAAGGAGCUAGAGGAAAAGGAGAGGGCUAGUGAGAAAGGAGGAAAGAUUGGUGAGGGAAGUAUCAUUAUUAUUUUGAUAACCGACGCGCCUCUACUCCCCCACCAACUCAACCGCGUAGCCCGCCACUGCGCAGUCGGACUCUCACUCGUCGGCGGCCACGGCGUCGGACGCAACCACUCCGGCGACAUAAUCCUCGCACUCUCCACCGGCAACAAACCCCACGAAACAGUCGACGCGCCACAAGUAAACGGACUAUCCAAGAUCGAAAUCAACAAUGUGAAAGUCAUCCGGAACGAAAGUAUCGAGACGCUUUUUCGAGCAGCGAGUGAAGCGACCGAGGAGGCGAUUUUAAAUUCGAUUAUUGCGGGACGGGGUGGGAGGACGGGGUUUCAGGGGUAUAGAUUGGAGGGGUUGCCGGUGGAGAGGGUGAGGGAAUUGGUGGGGAUGUAUCGCGUGCAUGUUGAUGAUGAGAGUUGUCUUUCUUCGGGGGAAUAUUUGGCGCUGCAGAAUAAGGGUGUGCAGUGA